UGCCAGCUGUUAGUGCUAAUGAGUGCCACCUGCCAGUGCCCAUCAAUACCACAUAUCAGUGCCUACCAGUGCACAUCAAUGCCACAUAUUAGUGCCCAUCUGAGCUGCCUUUCAGUGUCACCUAUCAGUGCCAGUCAGUGCCACCUAUCUGUGCCAGUCAAUGCCACCUAUCAGUGCUGCCAAUCAGUGCCAGUCAGUGCCACCUAUCAGUGCCGCCUAUCAGUGCCAGUCAGUGCCGCCUAUCAGUGCCAGUCAGUGCUGCCUAUCAGUGCCGCCUAACGGUGCCAGUCAGUGCACAUUUUCAGUGCCAGUCAGUGCAGCCUAUCAGUGCCUAUCAGUGCCACCUAUCAGUGUCAUAUAUGAGUGCUGCCUUUCAGUGCCCAUCAGUGAGCCUGUCAAUGCUCAUCAGUGCCACCUUCCAGUGCCUCCUCAUCAAUGCCCAUCAGUGCCAUCUAUCAGUGCCCAUCAGUGCAGCCUAUCCAUGCCCAUCACUGCAGCCUCAUUAGCGCAUAUCAGUGAAGGAGAAAAAUCACGUAUUUACAAAAUUUUAAAACUAAGAUACAUUUUUUGAAUUUUUUUUUAAAUUUUUCUGUUGUUUUUGUUUUUUUUAGCAAAAAAUAA